AUUUAAAACCCCUGGGUUUUAAGGAAGUACAAGCGACUAUUACAUUCAGCUCACUGCGUGGACGACAGAAAAAUUGUAUCCACCAGAAUUCUGCUUAAGUGAGAGAUGAGUGACGAAGAAGCAGUGCUGAUUGAUCUAUAUGAUUCAGGACGUGAAUCGUGCAACCAAAAAAACCAUGAAGCUCUAACUCAUGCAUUGAACAUUGCUGAACAAUGUUUCAAAACGGAUAUUCCUUUUACAUAUUUAAUGUUCUACCAAGAUUCAACAUGUAUGAAAAGGACACCAGACAUACCAACCCAGAGUUUGGAGGUUCUGAAAAGUGGAUUUAAAAUAGUAAGAAAUUCAAAUAUAGCUUCCAUUCUUUAUUCCAUCAAACAAGAUAUCGAUGCCUUGAAUAAAAGUAAAAUUGUCAUUAUUAUACCAGAGCAUAGACAACUGCAAAUGAGACUAUUUCUAAAUCUUCUCUUUACCGACGUCUACAAAUUCAGAGUUGAGUUGUUUUCGGUUCCUUAUGAAGAAGAAGGCCAUCAUACAAAUGUGUUGGCUAAAACUCAAGUAGAGGAGGGUAUUGUUCAGGAGCAUUCUAAAGAAUUUAUAAGAAAACUCAUCAAGACACAUUUGGAAAAUUUACCAGCUCUUAAAGGGGACCUUGUUAUCCUUAAAUCAUAUCUUAUUCCAGAGAAUAUCUUUCUGCACGGAUUUACUACAAGAUCUGGAGGAAUAUCAUAUAUUCCUACUCUUAGUUCUUUGAAUCUCUUCAGCAGUUGCAGGAGACGAGAUCCACAAGUGGUUGUUGCUGAAAACUUCCGUCGUUUAGGCAAGGCUGCCGGAUUUGAUCCAAAGUCUUAUUUUUCUAUAAAGGUUGAUCAUGCCAAUGAUGUUUGGAUCAUGGGAAAGAAAGAACCUAAAAGCUAUGAUGGGAUAGUAACCAAUCAGAAAGGUGUCACAAUAGCAGCUCCUGGUGCAGACUGUAUACCUAUUCUCUUCUGUGAUCCGGUAAUGAAAGUGUGUGGAGCAGCUCAUUCAGGUUGGAAAGGCACUUUGAUGGGUGUCGCAAUGGCCACAGUAAACGCUAUGGUGUCUGAAUACGGAUGCAGUAUGAAAGACAUACAGGUGGUUCUCGGGCCUUCGGUGGGACCGUGCUGCUUUACUCUACCCCAGCAAGAUGCCAAAGCAUUUCACGAUAUCCACCCACAGUGUGUUAGGCAGAUUGACUCACCCGGCCCUUGUGUUGAUAUACGAAGAGCAACAAGGAUUCUUCUAGAACGUGGGGGCAUUCUGCCAAGUAAUAUCCAGGAUGACUCAGUUGCUGACAAUAGCCAGAAUCUCACUCUAUGCACCUCCUGCCAUCCUGACAAGUUUUUUUCCCAUGUUCGAGAUGGCCCUAACUUUGGGACGCAAAUUGGCUUCAUAUCAAUUCGAUAAUAAUCACGCCAGCGGAAUGGAGCCCUUAAGUCUGCAAUUACUGGAAAUGAUGAGGGUGUGGGAACAAUUUGUACCACUGCUGAUUUCUAGCGUCUCGUUAGCCUAGUUACUUCAAAUAUGAAAUAGAAAUAAAAAAACAUUAAAACUUCCUUCACUAUAACAAGCAUACACAUUAUUGGUUCAAAUAGAUUAGCAUUGCAAUGCAAACUAAAAUACAACAAUCCCAUUUUAUCUCUCAUAUCCUUUUUUUCACAUGGUG